AGUUACCUUUCUUUUUUAGGAUGGCCCGUAUUUUGAUGUUACUUGUAUCGCUGAGUUUGAGUGGGUUUGCUUUAUCUCAGGAGCCAGACAGUAACUCCACCACAGUAGAUCCGCCGAUCCAAUCCGAGGUACCCAGGGAUCAUGCAGACGUUCAAAUUCUUUACACGGACGAGUUGAUGAAGGUCAUAGAGAAAUACGGACUGACUGAUGACGACAUAAUGCACGUCACUAAUAAGUUCAAAGAGGGCAAUCCUCCCACUGUGAAGAAACUCAUCAAAAAUCAAGAAACCGGGGACGAAGAGAUGGUCGAAGUAAAUCUUAAAAACUUUAUUGCUGGAGGUCACGUGACAGAUUUGACACCGAUUCUUUCUCCAACGGAAGCUCCAUCAGAAGAACCAAGCUCUAUAGACAAUACAUUACCCCCAGUAACAAACCUAACACAACCGAUACCCGAACCGGAAGUCAUGAUGCCAACAAGAGAGGAAAUUCUGGCUGGUCUCCGGAAACGUGAGCAGGAUUUACUGGUAAGACUAGAAGAAAACCGUAAAGACUACGAACAAAUAGCCCAGGAAUUGAUGGAAGUCCGGAAGGAAAUAGUUAUGAAUACUCCUGAUGAGUAUGACUUGUUAGCAGGUGACGUAGUAACCGGGCCGGAUGUCCCUCCCCCAGUUAUAUUAUCACAACCUCCCGAAGUGCCUCCAAGUUCUUUUAGACAAACGCCCCCGGAAAUCACUCCUAGACCUUUUAGACAAACGCCCCCGGAAAUCAGUCCCGACGAUGAACAAAUUUUGAAUGAGCAAAUCGCCCGUGAGAAUCUUCGAGCUCAAAGAUUGGCAAUUCUCCGGAGAAUUCUUCGGAGGAACAUCCUGAGAAGACGAUUGGCAGCCUUGACCGGAUUUCCGGCCAGUCUUCCUAGAUCUAGAGAAUUCUUUGUUCAGCCAUCAAGAACCAUUCUCAUACCGACUCGUCGAUUCGGUACACCUCUCAUGGUUAGAAUUAGCCGCCGGCCUUUAUUCGUCAUGCCCACUCCGGUCACUGUUCCUGUGGUGCAGCGUCAGCUUCCGGUUGUUGUAGAUGUGCGCAAUCCAGAAAUCGAAACUAGACCUUUUGACCCAAUACCACGUGUUACUGAUAUAGUGGUAGAAGAAGAUACACAAGAUGAUACGGAUAUACCAAGGCCAGACAUCCCCGCUCCAACAGAGAGCGUACCAGAUAGUCCAGUUCCGGUUGUUUAACCAAAACAAAACAAAGAAACUAAUCAUAUGACCUCCUAAAUUUCCAACGGCAAAUACAAUGAGUUUUAAUAAAUAAAAAAUGAUAAUAAAAUGGA